GAACACAGUCCCAGCAUGCCUUUCUUAGUCUGGCCCUUUAAAUUGGGUGAGGCCAAAUAGCUCCAUGCCUAUAGUGGCCAUUUUGCAACUGCCUGCUCCUUGCUGUGUUUCCCUGUCUUCUCGUGGGAAAGCCAGGAAGAUUACAAGACUCAACUGGUUUUAACGGAAAAGAAAUAGUGACUGGAAAAACAUAAGGAAGUGCUCAGCUCAAGAGACUUUAAGGCCUGUUGGUGCAACUUCAGUGGAAGGGGGCAAGAUGAAUUCAACCAGUGACGCCAACAUGGAAGAGAUCUCUCUGGAGGAUGAGGAUAGAGAUACUGUGGAAUACAAAGUUCUUAUGGCAUAUGCCCAGCGACGACUGUCUGCAAGUAAAUACAGGCAACUUCUGAAAACGGAGGCGAAGACCUUGAAAGGAUCAUCUACAGAGAGAGGGGAAAGGGAAGGGAUCCCUCAAGCUGGUAAGGGUGAGACACACCAAGAGCUGUCAAUCCAGGACAAAGGGCCCACUGCCCAACGUAAAAAGCAAAAGAAGAAAAAGUUCAUCUGGCGACGCCUGCUGCUUUCCUGUGCCAGAGGAGAGAGGGAGGAGGGCCCACAGGAGCUAGCCACGAACCAAGACACUGUGAAUGGGUAUGGCAUGAAGAUGCCGAUGGCACUCCAGAUAUCAGAAGUUGAGGCAAAGGAUUUUGUCCAUGUUGCAGACCGACUUGCUAAGAUAGUUAACGCCAGGUCGCACUCAGCUCCCCGGAAAGUGGGUUUCAGAGCACUAGAGCGCACUCCAAGUCUAGAGGCAGAUGGUGGACAGCUCAAAUUCCCUCAGCAAGAGGGAGGUGAAAAAGAUGAAGAAGAGAGGAUCAUAGAAACGAUAGUUGCAUUGUUAAGACAAUCAGGGGAUAAACUGGAAGAAACGAUAAAAGAGGACAGAACUUUCUAUUCCUGCGUCACAAAGAUGCUCUCCUAUGCCUUCUUCAAGAAACUCACUGAUCAGUACCUGGAGGAAAUCCCAGGAGAUUCUACCAGGGAAACAGAAGACAAAAUACAAUGCACUAAAGCUGCCUUUGUGAUGGAAGUUACGACCAGACUUACAGCUGUGGACAACCAUCCUAUGAACAUGGUCCUGGGGUUUGGAGUAAAGUACCUCAAAGAACAUUUUAGCCCUUGGAUUCAGAACCAUGGUGGAUGGGAAAAUGCCUUGGGAUUAUUGGACGAGGAAGAAGUAGAAUAAACUUGAGCGGAUCCACUCUCCAGGGCAUGCUGUAGCUUUACAACAAUCCCAUGCCAGAGUGAUUUUGGAAGGGGAGGGUAGAAGAGGAGAAUGCUGUGACUUGAAGGUCCCCAAGGGAAAGAAGUGUGAUCACUCUUUUUGAAGCCUUCUGUUAAGGUGGAAAUGUUAAUCAAUGUGUAGCUACUUUUCUCAGUGAGCACACACCUCACUGGCCAUAGAGUGCCACCUUGUGGCUCAUGGCUAACAUGACUUCGGAUGCCUUUUUAAACAUUUUAAUGGAUGUAUCUUAAGGUUCAAAUACCACAGUGUGUAAUCCAUGCCAAGAAACACCUGAGUGUAACUAAGCUACAGCUUCAAGGCCAGAUUUUCAUGUGCUCUGAACCCACCAAUGGGGCCAGAUUUUCCCACAGAGCUCAGCAUGUUAAGUGCCACAAGUGCUUUUCAGAAGCUGGCCCUUAAUGCUAUCAUCUCACCACUUACAAUCAUAUUGGCUCCUGCUCAUGCAGUAUACAGUGCUGUCAACUCUCUCUCUCUAUCUCCCUGUCCAGUUGGAUCCCAUGAACAUUGAUUUCAGUAGAAGGGUUUGGGGUUGUUUAGGGAGAAGGGGAGGACUAGGAGGCGAGGAAGGCUACUCUUGUCUGACUCUUAGUUCUUUACUUUCAUUGUCUUCUCCUCUACCUAGACCAACCACUGACCCCUUUGCAGAGGUAUUUUUAAUUUGGCCUAGCUCUACUAUAUUUUUAAUUCUCUGGAGCCAUGUUGUCCUCCUAAGCAUUAAUUUGGCUAGUAGUCCAGAAAAUACUAGUAUUGUGAAGGCUCCAGAGAAUUAACUUGUCUUUUGAAUAGUAAGGAAAAUUAGCCUGGAGAAAGAGAGAUGCUCCCCGUUUAAAAGGUAGAUUAGAAAAACUUCUGAUGAAACAUUCAGUAACCUGAAUUGGAACUUUGACCACUGAGAGUGAGCAAUUAUGCCUCCUGCCUCCAACCAUUGUAUUGGAGAGAAUAAAUUACAUGGGCGGGGCAUUUAGACUACAACUGCCAGUGAAACCAUUCCCAAUACUGUUCCUUGAGCUAUAUCCCACAUAGCUGAUAUUCUUUUAACUGGAAAGAGAAGGAAUUUGGAACACUGGCAGAAGUUGCAAAAUCCUGGAAUUCCGCCCAUGACUCUCCAUGGGCAAACGGUUACACUUCAUUAAAAGUCUCUACCUUUUUUUCUGAGCUGUCCUUGCAUUAUAUCUCCUCCUUCUCCGUUCAAUGUAGUCACAGGAGAAGUUGUAAAUGUUGAGUGGAGGAAAGAACAUGCUAACUUCUACAAAUCCAAUUAAUCUGAAUUAAAGGCACAGGAAGAGUUUAAAUUCUCCAUUUAAAAUAUGCCAGUCUGUGAGCAAUAACUAGGAAUCAGCAAGGAUCAAGUAUCUUUCUAAUAAAUUAUUUAAUCUUGGAGAUGGUGUGUAACAAACUCUGGCUCUAGCCUUGGCUACAUAUGGCCUCAGUUUUCCCAAAAUGACUGUGUGCUUAAUUUGACACAGCUUAAAGGGACCUGUCAGAGGGUUUUGCCACUUUUCUCACAAUCAGUCCCCCCACCCCGCCUUUGUGGCAUCUCAGAUUAGGCACACUCACUCAUUAGUCACUUCUGAUAAGAUAGGCCAUAGACAUAGAUCACCUAAUAUCUGGUGUAUGCUUGACAAAUAUCCACCCAUAUUUCCCUCUUUCCUUCUAGCUUCCAUUUUACACCCCUCCAUCCCCACCCCACACAUUCAAAGGUGUUUUAUACAGAAAAGAUUAGAUUAUGCCGAACAUGUUACAGUAUAUGGCACCCCUGGUGCUACCUGCUGAGGCACAGCUUGGAUCAUAAAUGUCAAAGAAGAGCCAUGACAGUUUCAAAGCAAGAAUCACUGCGCCUGUUACAGGGCUAGCUCUUCAUCUGCCAUGAAUGGGCCAUAUUUGCCUAUCUACCCCAAUUGAAGAGCAGGUCCCCCUGUGUUGGACUAUAACAACUCUGCUGUUUUGGACUGCAAGAGGAUGGCCUCUGUUACUCCCAUGUGGUCUGGGGGACAUUGGUGGUGCAAAGUGACAUAGUUGCUGUUCUAUUAUUAACUUGAUUCAGGCAAUGAGCUGAUGGGGUUAAAUUCCACACUCAAGCAUGCAUGCACCACUCCAUUGCCCUCAGUGAGGUUAUGCUAGUGCUGUAGUUGGCCUAGUGUGUUUCAGCCAAUCAAAGACCAAUUUAUGAACUCAGGUGGAUUCUGCCUGGGGGAAGCUGUAUUUAUAUUCCCUGGCUUGAAUCACAGUGCACCAUUGAGCAGGGUCCAGCUGGUGCUGUUUUUAACAGGCUGCAAAUGGAGUAGCAGUGCUGGAUCCACAGCCCUCUUCUGUUGUGGUGCUGCUGCUAGUGAGUUAAUUGUUCACCAAGAAGGACAGAGAGAUGGAAGUUGGCUUGAAUGUAACAGUGAACAUUAGCCAUCCAAAAAUAAGCAGCUGCUUUUUAUUUUGCUCAGUGUGAGUGGACUGGGCUGAGAGGGAUUUUUUCUCCAGCAGCAGGAGGGGUCAAUGCAGCACCUCAGUCAAGUGAGCUGUUUCUGAUUUAAACAUUCUUUCAUUUUUCAUACAUGGCGCAGUUACUCUUCAAGUGCAACCUACUUCUUCUACAGCAGAGCUCAGUCAGAACCUUGGCCUGAGCUGAGGGCUUUGGUGUGCUAUAGGUGAGUGUGCACACUUGUCCACCACACUUGUAAUGGCAGUUAAUUGCAUUCAUUGAAAAUCUCAUUGCUGGGCCAAACACUAGUUAUCCAUGAUGAAGAAAAGAGUGCAAUAAAUCUACUUGUGUUUUUUGAAGUGAAGCAGCUGGCAGUCACCCUGUUCUUCACCACCACCUCUAACCCUACCCAAGGACCUAUAUUCCAUCUUUAUAGAGGAGGGAUCUUUUUGGAUCUUACCACUGACAUUCUGUACAGAGGCUGAGGGGUUUUUGUUGCAUCCAACUGUCCCUUGUGGGAUGGUUGCUGGUGUGGGUUUAACUAGAGCAGGAUUAUGCUACUUGUUAUAGCAACAAAUCCAGCUGUAAACUGGGGCUGAGCUCGGAGGUGUUCAAGGUGCAAAAGCCAGGUUUAGAAAUGAGCACAGCUGGUGCCAGGAUGAUUUUUGUUUAAGAAACAGCCUGUAGAUCUCCCUCAGGGGGCUACAUCAUCAAAUGGCUUCCCACAGGGCUGCCCAGAGGGGGGCAGGCAAGUGGGGCAAUUUGCCCCAGGCCCCGCAGGGGCCCCCACAAGAAUAUAGUAUUGCAACUUCUUUUUAUGGAAGGGGCCCCAAAAAUUGCUUUGUCCCAGGCCCCCUGAAUCCUCUGGCUGGCCCUGGCUUCCCAAGCCCUACAGAAUAAUAACUUGAGUGCUUGUGAUCAGCCCAGGCGAGGCUAUGUAGACUGAACCACCCUCAGCAAAUGAAACCUUCCAUUAUCUCCAGUCCCUGGAGCUGACAUCUCCGAGCUCUGCUUGCUGGGCGUAUGACAAACUAAGUCCACUUUCCCUGUGUGCCAACUUACCCACUGUGUUGGAUUUUCUACUGUACCGCUGUGCAAUCUGCAUGCAGGUGCUAGUCCUGCUCAGUGGCUCUGGCGACUGCUGCACCAGCCUAGGGUCAAUAGGAGGUGCUGAAGAGGUACCUCAGUACUGUCACCUGAGGGCAAGCAUUUCACCUCUCCAUUAUGUACCACUAUAAUUUUCAGAGGCACUAAGCGUGCCCAGUUAUGAGAGCAAUGGGAGCCAUGGGCACUAAGUAUCUCUGAAAAACAUGCCAUUAGGCUGCUGAGGUGCUAGCUAUGCAACCUGGGGCCCUGUGCUCCAAAAUUUGGUAUCUGCAUAACAUCAUAUGAUCACACCUCUCCUACCUACCCAUCUCCUUCUCCUUUGUGGGCGGAGAGCUCUCUGCAUGUUUCAGUGGUUGGUAAAUCAGCAGGAUAAAAAAAGAAAAUGAUAAUGAGUUUGGGGUGGAGGGGGGAAGAAACUCAAUAGACACCAUUGCCUGAAAAGGGGCUGUACUGGCUAGACCUAUUUCAGAGUAGCAGCCAUGUUCGUCUGUAUCCACAAAAAGAACAGGAGUACUUGUG